AUGACGCCGCCCCGCCGCCCCGCGCGCCCCAGGUACGCGCUCAAGCUGCUGGGCGCGCUGCUGGAGUUCAACACGCGCUGGGUGGGCGACGUGGCGGCGGCAGGCCUGGCUGGCAGGUUCUUCGAGUGGCUGUCCAUCGCCCACCCCCACAACAAUGUGCACAACAUGCGCCUGUGCCGCCUGGUGGCCGACGCCAAGGUGCUGCCGCCAGAGGCGCUGGCUGAGCUGCAGGCGGUGGACCGGGUGCUGGCGGUGCUGGCGUACGCUCACGAAAACGACGUGGAGCCGUUCCUGGAGCCAGCCCUGCGGCUGUGCGCCUCUCUGAUGAACGACGUCGGCCCCUCCGAGUCGCAAAAGGUCAUCGCCUCACUGCACGUGCUGCUGGAGCUGGCCGCCGGGCCCGACCCCGACGCCGCGCUUUCGGCGGCGCACUGCCUGCUCAAGGCCGCCCACCUGCACCCCGGGGACGCAGCGGCGGUGCUGGCCACAGGGGACAACGUGGCGCUGCUGAUUGAGCUGAUGGGACCUCGGGGAGCGGCAGGCAGCGGCGCAGCAGCAGCAGCGGCAGGAGGAGCAGGAGGAGGAAGUGGAGGAGGAGGCGGGGAGCAGCAGGAGGGCUGGCCGCAGCAGCAGCAGCCACCGCCGCAGCUGGCGGCUUUCCAAGCCGACCUCGCGCCGCUGCUGCUGCUGGUGCUGGCGGCGGUGGUGGAGGCGCGGCCCGGGCUGCUGCGGGAGCACGGCGCCGCUCUGCGGCCCGCGGUCACUGCCUGCCUGCAGGCCGUUGGGGACGCGGGGCUGAAGCGGCGCUGGGCGCGGCUGCUGGCCGCACAGGGCGGAUGA